AUGGCUGGAGUCAGUAGGGUUGCUCCCACACCUCUGCUCAAAGAUGAGCUUGACAUUGUUAUUCCCACAAUCCGAAACCUGGACUUCUUGGAGAUGUGGAGGCCAUUUUUUGAACAAUACCACCUUAUCAUCGUCCAAGAUGGUGACCCUUCAAAGGUCAUCAAGGUCCCAGAGGGCUUUGACUACGAGCUUUACAACCGCAAUGACAUUAACCGCAUCCUGGGUCCUAAGGCCUCUUGUAUUUCCUUCAAGGACUCUGCUUGCCGCUGCUUCGGCUACAUGGUCUCCAAGAAGAAGUACAUCUUCACCAUCGACGACGAUUGCUUUGUUGCUAAAGAUCCUUCUGGCAAAGAUAUCAAUGCUCUUGAGCAGCAUAUUAAGAACCUUCUGACUCCAUCAACUCCAUUUUUCUUUAACACCUUGUAUGACCCAUACCGUGAAGGUGCAGACUUUGUCCGUGGUUACCCCUUCAGUCUACGUGAAGGUAUCCCAACUGCUGUUUCUCAUGGCCUCUGGCUCAACAUUCCGGAUUAUGAUGCACCCACUCAGCUUGUUAAGCCUCUAGAGAGAAACACUAGGUUUGUGGAUGCAGUCCUGACCAUUCCCAAGGGAACUCUCUUUCCCAUGUGUGGUAUGAAUCUGGCAUUCAACCGUGAAUUGAUUGGACCUGCUAUGUACUUUGGACUCAUGGGUGAUGGUCAGCCAAUCGGGCGUUACGACGAUAUGUGGGCUGGCUGGUGCAUGAAGGUCAUAUGUGACCACUUGGGCCUGGGAGUGAAGACAGGAUUGCCCUACAUCUGGCAUAGCAAAGCAAGCAAUCCAUUUGUGAACCUUAAGAAGGAAUACAAAGGAAUAUACUGGCAAGAAGAGUUGAUCCCAUUCUUCCAAUCUGCUACCCUUCCAAAGGAUUGCACCACCGUUCAGAGCUGCUACAUUGAGCUCUCCAAGCAAGUGAAGGCAAAGCUUGGCAAGGUUGAUGACUACUUCCUCAAGCUUGCAGAUGCCAUGGUCACAUGGGUUGAAGCAUGGGACGAGUUGAACCCAUCCGGAGAAAAAUCUGUUGAGAACGGAGUUGUUGCGAAAUAG